AUGAAUAGAGUCGAAGCACGCUUCGCACAGCCAACGCUUAGCCUCCACAAAGGCACGGGCGACGUGAGAUCGCUUCCAGAACUAAUCGACUUCCACGCGAGAGUGAACCCGCGCCACCGAUUCUGCAUCCAGGUACAGAAGUCCGCAGAUGUACCACUACUAGAUGUAACAUACAAACAGCUGAAGCAAGCAAUCUUGCGCUGUCAGAGCUGGCUCUGCAGGAAUGUGGCCGAGAUCCAAAUUGAGAAUCGCGGCGCAAAGCACCGGGACCGGCCUGUUGGCCUACUCAUGGACAGCGACCUGACCCUCGUCAUAUAUCUUUUUGCAUUGAUGGGCCUGGGGGUUCCGACCGUCCUGCUCUCGACGCGACUCAGUGUCGAGGCUGUCAGGCACUUGGUGCAAAGCACACGGACAGGCGCAAUCCUCGUAUCGGCACGGUUGAAUGGCACGGCUGGGGAGGCCUUGUCAUUGUGGGAUGAUGCGGAUGGUUCUCCUCCCCCGUCCAAGUACUCUCCUGCUGCGUACAAGGACUUCUUGACCGAGGAAGCAUCGUCAUCAUUAUCAUCUGCUGAGUUCUCAAAGAGCAACGUCAGCCGUACGAACCACUUCGUCUCAGAAUCGGACUGUAACGUUCUCAUUCUGCAUUCCAGUGGGACGACAGGUCUGCCGAAACCUAUCUAUACCUCUCAUAGGCAUUAUCUCAGCUUUGCUCUUUGCCAUGAGUUCAAGAACGAGGAAGAAAUGCUUUCGCCAGUCCUGUCGACUUCUCCGCUGUUCCACGGAUUCGGAUUGCUGCCACCAUGUCUAUCCUUGGGCGUGGGAAAACCGUUCUGCCUUGCUGAGGCAAGCACCAUCUUCACUGGGCACUCGACAGCGCAGCUCCUGCAGAGCAGCGGUUCAAAAUCGCUGCUUACAGUGCCAUCAAUUCUCGAAGAAAUCGCUCUGCUGCCAGACAAUGUGGGAAUCCAGGCUCUGCAGCCGCUACACUUUGUCGCGUUUGGCGGCGGAUUGCCCAAGGAGUCCAUCGGGGACAGAUUAACGACUGCCGGAGUGAAGCUCCUCAACCACUACGGUGCGACCGAAACGGGGCCCCUGGCACCACUAUACGUGCCCCAGCCGGGGUAUGAUUGGCAUUUUUUCAAGCUGCGCACGGACAUCCGGGACGUGCUACAGGUUUGCCUCGAGCCCAUCGUCGGCGGUGACGAGAAGCAGGAUGGACUGGCGAGUCAGUGGAAAUUGAGUCUACAGCCACUCGGCUGGGAUGAGCGGUUUCCGAUCCAGGAUAUCCUCGUCGCUCGUCCAGCUCCCGAUUCUGAAAAUGAGUAUACAGUGCUGGGCCGAAGUGAUGAUCUUAUCCGCUUGGCGACGGGGGAGAAGGUCCGUCCCACAAUCGUCGAAUCCAUGCUGGCUCAGAGCGAGGCUGUCAAGGCUGCGAUCGCAUUUGGGGACGGCCAGUUUGAAAUCGGAGUACUGAUCGAGCCGACCUUUAAGAUCUCAUCUGCAGAAGAGGAUGCAUUGAAGGCCACUCUCUGGCCUAUUAUCCAGCAGGCUGGAGAGAAGAUGGACUCCCACGCACGCAUUUCGUCUCCUCAGGCAAUUGUCCUGGUUCAGGCAGAGAGUCUCCCUCGAUCCGAUAAAGGGACGGUUUUGCGACAAGAAGUCUACCAGCGGUUUGAAAAGGAGAUUGCAGAGGUUUACCGUAGACUCGACACGGUGAUAGACUAUUCGGUCCCCCAACUCCGGGUAUCCUCACUUGAGGGCGACCUUCGUAAGCUCAUCAGCGACAAUCUGAAGUGGACAAGCAACAGCGAGUGGACGGAUGAACGGGACUUUUUCGAGCUUGGCAUGAACAGCCUCCAAGCAACCAUAUUGCGCCGGUUGCUCGUCUCUUCUCUCCGCGACGGGCUCUCCAAGGUUUCAAUUGGUCGGGACUUUGUUUACCAACAUCCGUCCGUCGCUAAACUUGCCAAGGCUGUGAGAGAAGGAUGCCAAAACCAAGCUGCAGAAGUGGAUGGUAGUCGUCUUGAAGAAUUCAUCGACACGUACUCCCUGCAGCGGCAGCAGCAGCAACCCAACGCUCACGCCGACAGUGGCACCGCGACUGUCCUCCUAACCGGGGGCACAGGCAGUCUGGGAUCGCACUCCCUAGCCGAUCUCGUCCGGCAUCCGGCAGUGCGUUGCGUCGUCUGCCUUAACCGCCCGUUCACAGGGAAGCAGGACCCGUAUGAGCGACAGGCAGUCGCCCUAAAGUCCAAAGGCAUUCGUGUCUCGCCGGAGGAAUGGUCCAAAAUAAAAGUGUUCGAGACCAAUACCAGUUCCCCCCGCCUCGGUCUGUCGGAGGCUGAUUACACCUGGCUGUGUAAAUGUAUCACUCACAUUGUCCACAACGCUUGGCCGAUGAACUUCAAAAUGCACGUGUCCUCGUACGAAUUUCAGUUCCGCGCGCUGCAGAACCUUUUGCUGCUUGCCCGAGGUGCGUAUGCCCAUCAGCAAGGUAUAAGAAGACCCCGUGUCCUCUUCAUCUCGUCCAUAUCUGUUGUCGGACGAUACGGGAAACUGACUGGAGAGACGAUCGUGUCUGAGACGCCAAUCGGAGACUUCCGAGCAGCGCUCGAUCUCGGCUAUGCGCAGGCCAAACUGGUCUGCGAAAAGAUUAUUGAGCGAGCGCGGAGCGACUUUGGCGCCGAGAUCGAGGUUGGGUACGUCCGCGUUGGGCAAAUCGCCGGAGCCGCUCAGAAGGGAUUCUGGAAUGCAGACGAACACUUUGCCAGCCUUGUUGCAUCAUCAGAGGCGCAAGGACAACUUCCGGCCAUCCGCGGGACACUCUCGUGGCUUCCCGUUGAUCUGGCUAGUGCUGCGCUAGCAGACAUCAUAUUCAACCCAGACACGCUAGAACUCGCCUAUCAUCUCGAGAACCCCGUGCGGCAGCCGUGGAACGAAGUGCUCGAUAUUCUGGCCUCGGAGUUGGACGUGGACAAGCACAAUCGUCGGCCGAUGGCUGAGUGGGUAGAAGAAGUGAGGCGGCGGCCUCUCGAGGAUGGCAGCAAUCCUGCUGCGACAAUCGCAGACUUUCUCCAGGAUGACUUUGAGUGGAUGUCUGGCGGGAGCGUCAUGUUGUCCACGGAGGCAUCCAGGCGUCAUUCGCCCACCCUGAGGCGAGUGGGUCCCGUGCAGGACGAGGCAAUUCGGAGGUAUCUCCAUUACUGGAGGAGCAUUGGUCUCAUUCGCCAGCUGAAAGAUUAG